AUGGGAGAUGUACUUCGUUUGCGCGGCAUCAGAGUCACCCAACGUCCGCAAGACAAGUUGUCCGCCAAUAUGCCUUCCGUCCUCCUCUUAACUUUCAUCGUCCAACUGGCCAUCCACCUGGUCAAUACGUUCGGAGCAGAGACAAUCAAUACCCUGCUCUGGAAUCUCUUCAGUCGCCUCCCCACCGCGAAUUCCAAGGCUGCGGCUGAGCAGAAGGACCUCAGGGCGCAGUAUUUCAAGAUCAAGCAGCAGAUGAAUGCAACCAGCUCGCAGGAUGAAUUUGCAAAGUGGGCCAAGCUCCGCAGACAGCACGACAAGAUUGUUGAACAGUUGGAGAAGAGCAAGUCUUCCACCGACAGCACCAAGACCCAGUUCGACCGCGCCGUCUCCAUCCUCCGCUGGCUCGGUACAAACGGCCUUCGCAUGUUCCUGCAGUUCUGGUUCUCGAAGCAGGCCAUGUUCUGGAUCCCGAAGGGUUGGGUGCCGUACUACGCCGAGUGGCUGCUGUCGUUCCCGCGCGCACCGCUGGGCAGCGUGAGCAUACAAUCGUGGACGCUAGCGUGUGGAGCGGUCAUCCUACUGGUUAGCGAUGCGCUCGUAGCCAUCGUGGCACUGGUGAAAACAUCUGGGCUGAAGGCGCGGAAGAAGGAGGCUGUAAGGGUUUCGGUGCCGGCUGGGGCAGCGUCAUCGCAGGAAAAGAAGAAGGAAUUGUAA